AUGUCUGCGCAUGUAAUAGAAACCAAUGAAGACAUAUCCAAAGAUAUUUUUGAAGAAGAAAAGAAUUUAUUCGAAGUUGAAUCUAAUGCACUAUACCAAAAAGUUAUAGGAUCCAAAGGACUGCAGACCAUCCCAAGCAAAAAUUUGACCAUAAUAAAUAAAAAUGAUUCCAUCAAGACUAAAGUCACCCAAAUAACGAAUCUCUUACGAUCACAAACAGAACCCCUUCUAAUUGCAGGAAAAUCAAAUGCAAUUUCAAAGAUGUUAACUAUUAGUGAAUUACUGAAAUCUACUAUACGAAACGAUCAUCCUACGGUACGAUUAAAACAAUAUAAUAAACUAACAAAACAAUCUUCUUUACAUAAUCCAAACUACAAGCAAACAAACAAAACAGUAAAGCAAAGGAACAAUGUCGAUAACUUCAUGAACGACGCAGGCAUACAUGGUCAUAAAAUAUACCAAUUGCCUAUACUCUAUAUUUUGUUUGUACCAAAAGAAGAUUCCAGCUUAGAAUUGAGUGGUUGGAGUCACCAGGAUAAUUGA